AUGGCAGGAAGGGCAGCUGUUGAUCCCAACAUCCUACCGAAUCCGUUCGAAAACGCACCAGAAUCCCAAGACGCCCAGCAAGCUUCCGAAGAGGAGACCAAAGACGAUUUGUUAAUCAGUAUACACGAUCUCGAAGCGGAACGAACGGAGCUGGACCAGACCAACAGAAAGAAGCGUCGGCUUCUAAAGCAGCUGAGCGAUAAUAUUACGUCGUCACAGGUCAUUAGGAACCAGGCGCAGAAUGCAAAGAUAUUACAGCUUGAAGACGAGAACGAAGCCCUCCAGCAACGGCCAACUCAGCAUGAAAUGGAUGGAGCGGUCGCUUCCGCCAUUCAACCGCUGCAGUCUCGGAUUACCUCGCAAGAACGGCUCGCAGCUAGACUUCAGGCGCGACCGACCCAGGGGACUUUCGACGAAGCAGUACGUUCUGCCCAACAACCCCUCCAACAAGAGUUGGAUACAAUGAGAAAUGAGAUGGCCAAUUCGGAACAGCGACCUACCCACCAGGCCUUGUCGGAUGCAGUAGUGGCGGCCGCACAACCCAUCGAGAAAAGGCGGCAGAUUUACAAGGAUAGAGUGAGAGAGCUCGAGACGCGGCCCACGAUGCUUCAGCGCAACUACAAAGACCUGCAGACGACUGCCGAGGAGCUCAAGAAGGCUAAUCAACACUUACGAACAUCUGCCGAUGACCUUCAGGAGUCUCAGGCCACCCUUCAAGAAGACAAGAAUCAAGUACAAGAAGCCCAGCGGGAGAUCUACACGGCCAAAGGUCGACUAGAGGAGGACUUACAGACAGCCCCGGGCGAACUCCGCACGCUUCAAAAUCGUUUCAACACCAUAUCCAUUGCACUGCAAGAGAAGAACAGCGAACUCGGUACACAGAGAACAAAAUGUUUCAGACUCGAGAAGAACAGUCACCUGUUGAAGAGCAACAUUAAAAGCCCCAACCAACUGAUCAAGAGUCAGCAGGAAGUUGUCAGGAAGGCCCACGAAGUUAACAAAACGGAAAAAAGCGGGAUUCAGCAGCAGCUACAAGAGGCUACUUCAAGGGUCCAAAAUCUCUAG